GCAAAUCUAUCUGUCAGACGGGCGCUAUUUCUUGCAUUUUUUGAAAUAGCGCCCUUCGUUAAGUGGACUGUCAAACACCGUUCGUUAAGAUACGGAUAGCACCCCGCUGUUCGUGUCUGGCACUCUGGCAGCCAAAGGGAAAGGAGUCAAAGUCAAGCGAAAGUGGCCGCUUCACCGUCUGUACUCUUGAUCAAAUAAAAAUGACUGACUAUGGAAAGGAGUUUAUGCUUCUUUUGAUGAAUGAAAAAUGUUACGAUAACUAUUUCGUAGAAUUCGAUUUCUUUGACGCGGACUGCUUCAAAUCACUUCUCAGCAAAGGAUUAGGGCUGGGAAUAAUAGCUGGAUCAGUCUUGGUUAAAGUGCCUCAGAUAACCAAGAUCCUUGCAAAUAAAUCGGCACAAGGAAUCAAUUUAUUCAGUGUUUGCUUGGAUCUUUUUGCUAUAACGAUUCACAUGUCAUAUAGCUUCGUCAGUCGAUUUCCGUUCAGUUCCUGGGGUGACACUUCGUUUUUAGCACUGCAGACCGCAAUAAUUGCUUUUCUAGUCUUGCUGUACGGAGGUUCGCCGCCGAAAGCGCUGGCAUUUACAGCUGCAUACACAGCGGUUACCUAUAGCCUAAUGGGAGGACUUACGCCGUUAUCCUAUCUUUUGAUCGCCCAGGGAUUUAACGUUCCCAUUUUGUUGUUGGGCAAGUUGUCUCAAGCAUACACCAAUUAUCGCAACGGAGGAACCGGCCAACUAUCGGCUGUCACGUGCUUUAUGCUAUUGGCUGGGUCUCUUGCUAGAAUCUUUACUUCAAUUCAGGAAACGGGAGACCAGAUGAUGGUGAUCACAUAUGGAUGCUCAUCAUUUGCAAAUGCGGUUAUUGUGCUACAGCUGUUGUAUUAUUGGAAUGCGGACAAACAUUCGAAAGUUUCCAGCAAAACCAAUGUUCCGAAGAAAGUCUCCAAAGCUAAAGCUAAGAAAACUGACUAGGAUGUUGAUUUUAGUAGUUCUAUGUACUGUAAAAGACACAAAACGACCUAACAGUUAUUCCGAUUAUAGCAUGAGUACAAAGUCAGACUACCUAGUUGUAUUUGUAGCAAUCUAAUAACAAACUACUCAUGGUUCAGUUUGUGAUUUAGAUGUCGUUUCUCAAUUUUCAAUUGUUCAAUAGCAGCUAUUUGAUCAAGUUUAGAAGACGUCUGGUAAAAAGCAAUUAAUAUAUUGAAUGACGCCUUGUACAGGAAAGCAGAGCUACGAGAUCUUUCAAUUGUGGAUAU